GUCCGGAAACCAUCCCCGCAUCGUCUCUCGCCCUCCGUCUGAUAGUCAUUCUAUUCAUUUUACCGCGGGUGCGGUUUUGUAAGUGAUUAGCUUUCGUGGCUCUUGGUCUGUGACCUGUCCACUCUCUCGAAAUGCACUUUCUUGAAACCCCAUUCCUUCUUUUCACCCUCCUUUCCUUUCCUUUCUUCGUACGGUCACAAUGUACGCUCAAAAUUCCGAACAAUCCUCUCACAGCGGCGGGCCUCGCGACUCCUUUUGAACUCUCGGGAUGUAAUCAACUAGACUUCGCUGACCAAGGCGUUUUCGUGGAAGCAAACAUAUUUGAUCCUGCGACUGGCAAUAUCCAGAUUUACAGUCCCCUCGUCAUCAAUGCUGGAAUGACCAGUACAGCGAACAACACAAAUCAUUCCAAGUCCGGUGGAAGCGCAGGCUUUUUUAUUCCCCCCAUUACGCCUACCGUUCCCAACGGCGCAGUUGUUGCUCUUUGGUUUGGCUCGAAUGCUGAUACACUCACUUUGACCGGCGACACCAAUACUUGUGUCAACGGGCUGGACAACUUGGUAUUUGGACAAUUCGCGUACUGUAAUGCCCCAGCUUGGUUCACUGCCGUCAACGGAGCUGUGGCGAACGACCUUGUUAAGGUUCCGGCUCCCGGUACUGGUUUAAACGGCCAAGCUUGUCCAACGACACGGGAUUUCCGGAUCGUUGACCAGGACCAGUCAGAUAAUGUCGUUACCACGUACCUUUUGAUUAACAAUAAUACGUUGGCGCAGCACACUCCGGAGAAUGCGCAAGCCAAUCCUAAUGCAGAGGUUCUAUCGAACGCAUCCGAUAAUGCCCUCCUUAACGAGUUCAUUCAGCCUACACUCAAAUGUACGCCUUACCAAAACGCUUGUGCGACUUGCCCCACUGGUCAAUCGCCUGCGCUAUCGACGAAUGAACUCCAAGGAGCAUUUUAUCCGCCGGCUGGUGGUCCAGCACUGGUCCCCCUCAAUGAUCCCAUGGUCCUCGUCAAUGGAAAUGAGUCUCUCGACAAAGUUAACCUGUAUCGCGCAGGGGUGGGUCAACCCACAGCCGACCAAAACAAUGCAUCCGGGACGACUUAUUGCCAUCAAUUUGCUCAGUCAGGCAUCUUCAUCGCAUCGAAUGAACAAGCGUUCACUCAAGUGACCUCCCCUGCCGCCGACCAAGCGACGAAUUUAUUCACUUUCUUGGCUAUGAGGUUUUCGGCGUCGUUCGGGCCGGCGCCCGGACUCGGUUGCGUAACCUUGUUGAAUGUAGAUAAUCCUGUUACACUAACUAUGGAUGGAAACGGCGUUGUAACUGCGGCUGUGAUUAACACGUCCGUCUUGCAACAAAUCCUUGGAGGUGGAGGAGUUUCUUCUUCUAUCACUACCGCUACCACAAGCUCACAUCCUACUACUACUAGUGCAAGUUCGCGUCCCGCUACUAGUGCACACACGACUAGGCACUCAUCCCCGCCUCCGGCGUUAAACUCGUGUCAACCGCUGCGACCUGUAUCCUCCUCGACUCCGGGCAUAACCUCGAUUCAAGGCACGACGUCGGCUCAGAUAACUUCCACCGUGACAACCACUUCGGCAGGUGCAGCUACCUCGAUUCCGUCCCAUUCCAGCGGCGGCUCUUCGGCACCCAGUCAUACGCACACGCACACAAAACAUCACAAUAACCCGACCGACACAACCCCAUACCUUACAAUAACGCCGAGUGCGACAGGAUCAAUCAUGUUGGAUACGACUAACACCAUGAUCACACCGAAUGCGACUUGCACCGCGACCGCGCCGGGGGCGAAUGGUACCCAAAUUCAAACUGUCACUGUCACCGUCACCGCGACGACGUGUCCGACUAAGGUGAGAUACAAUCUUCUUCUGCGUCUUGUGGGAUGUUUAAUGUGCAAUAAUCUUAAUGCGGUAUGUCUCCUGCUACAUAGCCGGCCGGACAGCGCCGGAGGUCACCUGAUCCGUUGUCACCACGGCUCUUGCCGAGGUCGUACAGCCACAAUAGGAUACGUAAGAAGAGGUUCUCUCUGGAAAUGUGAUGUAGCGUUGCUUCCCAUGCGGGCUGGUCUUUUCAGUUAUUUUUAAAGUGCCAAAGUAUUUGGCCCAUAACAUCGUUCAAGGAAUUCGCUACCCUGUACUUGUUAUUUCCGAUGGUGCGACAAUCACUUGCUGGCAUAUUACCCUUCCGCACCGUUCCCUACUUUCUUCACAAUAGGGUUCCACAUUCUCACCUCGUUUCAAUAUAUCUUCUGAAGCUCCGAGAGCAGACUUGUUCAUUCCACAUGGUUUACACUACUAGUAGCAAUAAUGGAUGUACUUCCUGCCAAUCUCGUCC